AUGAAGCGAAUGAUACCAAGUAGUGGGAAAAUAGCGAAGGAUGCUAAGGAAUGUGUUCAAGAAUGCGUUUCUGAAUUCAUAUCGUUCAUCACUAGUGAAGCUAAUGAUAAGUGUAUGAGUGAGAAGAGGAAGACGAUAAGUGCUGAUGAUCUUCUGGAAGCGAUAAACAAUAUGGGCUUCGACAACUAUGUGGCUCCCCUUCAACUGUUUCUGGAG